UAAGCCGAGCCAGCUUCGGCCGCUGUCGUGGCUAUAAUAAACUUUUCUUUUGUAUUUCAUUUUGAUUUCGAAUCAAAAUGAAAAGAUGAAAAGAAAAGGUUAUCAUUCGAUGUCUUCUAAGGUUUAGACAGCGGAAUUCUUGUGUUUUAUUUUGAAUCAUAGGCUUUGCGGAAAAGAAGACGAUGAAGGACGACGGAUCGGAGGCGGCGGCGACGAAGAAGGCCGUUAAAUCCUCAUCAUUCCAUGACUCCGAAACGAAAGUUCCGAAACGUAGUGCGUCGAAACACCGGCCGCCGCCGUUGAUGAUCGACAAGAAACUCCUACAAAAGCAAAUGUCGAUGCUAGAGACCUCAAGGGAGGUUGCUUGGGAGAGAAGGCGGAGACAGAUUCUCCGUCAGGAGAGAAGAAGGAAAGGGGUGAUCGCGAACGAGAACGGAUUGACGGAUGAAGAUUUGAAGGAGCUCAAAGGGUGCAUAGAAUUAGGGUUUGGAUUCAACGAAGAAGAAGAUCAAAAACUAUGCAACACAUUGCCUGCUUUAGACCUUUAUUUUGCUGUAAACCGUUGCCUUUCUCCACUUCCAUCCCCUCAAAGCCAGAGUUAUUCAUCAACACCAUUACCAUCACAAUCAGCAUCAGUCGGUUGCAGAUCACCGUAUCUCGAAAGCCCCAAAAACGAGCCAGAUUGGAAAAUUUACAGCCCGGGAGAUAGUCCUCAGCAAGUGAAGACGAAGCUAAGACACUGGGCCCAAGCUGUGGCAUGUUCUGUAAAGCAGUCUUGUUGCUGAGAGAAUCAAAAUGCUCAUUUGUUUUCAAACAAAAAUCCUAUGUCCCUUCUUCUUUGUGUCUCACCGUUAAUCUUUUUUACACACAUUUUUUUUUAAUUUUUACAGUAACCUUCCAAAAAGAAUUACUUUCUUAUUUACAUCACCCUUUUACUGUUCUUCCACAGUUCACAUCGACCAUAACCCUUGCCCUCAUCAGUCUGUAUGUUCGAAAACAAACUCUUAUCUAGACGAUGUAAAGGUCAGCCACAAUGUGUUCUUUAACCUUUUAGAAUGUAAUAGCUCACGUCGGAAUUCGAGUCUCCGAUGUCAAAGAGUUGGUGUAAUGUUCAUGUAGGUUCGGUUCAGUUGAGGAAUUAGCAGUUUGGUGAGGAUGAGAGUUUACCUGAGAAUUUCGAGAAUGAUGAGUUUGAAGGUAGAGAAACUGUGUGCACAAUGUGUUCAAGGAUUUACGGUACAUGUGAACUGUGUGGAAAGUGAGACAGAGAGAAAAAUGUUUCUUUUUGAAAGAUGUCAUUAAAAAUAAAAAGGGCACAUGUAAAAUGAUUACUGAUGAGAAACAGAGAA